UUUUCCCUUUCAGAGUAUGUAUUGAAAGCAAUUAAAGAACAACAGUAUGAAAAGCCUACAGCUAUUCAGGCACAGGGCUGGCCUAUUUCAUUGAGUGGAAGAGAUUUAGUAGGAAUUGCACAAACAGGUUCAGGAAAAACUUUGGCUUAUAUGCUCCCAGCAAUUGUGCAUAUUAAUCAUCAACCUCGUUUAGAAAAAAAUGAUGGACCCAUAGUAUUAGUUUUGGCACCAACUAGAGAACUAGCACAACAAAUACAACAUGUAGCUGCAGAUUUUGGUCGUACUUCAUGCAUUCGAAAUACUUGCAUUUUUGGAGGUGCACCCAAAGGACCUCAACUUCGUGAUCUGGAAAGAGGUAUUGAGAUUUGCAUUGCUACACCUGGUCGACUGAUUGAUUUUCUGGAACUAGGCAAAAUUAACUUCAGACGUUGUACUUAUCUUGUUCUGGAUGAAGCUGAUAGAAUGCUUGACAUGGGUUUUGAACCACAAAUAAAGAAGAUUGUUGAACAGAUAAGACCUGAUCGCCAAACAUUAAUGUGGAGUGCUACUUGGCCAAAAGAAGUUAGAGCUUUGGCUGAAGAAUUUCUUCAGGACUAUGUUCAAUUAAAUGUUGGGUCACUUCAACUUUCUGCCAAUCAUAAUAUUUUGCAAAUUGUUGAUGUUUGCCAAGAAACAGAGAAAAGUGACAAGCUAUUUAAGUUGUUGGGAGAAAUAAUGUCAGAGAAAGAGAACAAAACAAUUAUUUUUGCUGAAACCAAAAAACGAGUAGAUGAUUUAACAAGAAGAAUGAGAAAAGAUGGAUGGCCUGCAAUGUGUAUUCAUGGAAAUAAAUCUCAACCAGAAAGAGAUUGGGUUCUUACUGAAUUUCGAUCUGGACGUUCACCUAUACUUAUAGCUACAGAUGUAGCAGCUAGGGGAUUAGAUAUAGACGACAUCAAAUUUGUCAUCAAUUUUGAUUUUCCAACUUGUUCUGAGGACUAUGUUCAUCGUAUUGGUCGUACUGGCCGCAGCAAUAAAUCUGGUACGGCCUACACAUUUUUCACUGACUCAAACAUCAAACAGGCAAGUGAGCUGAUUUCUGUGUUGCGUGAGGCCAAUCAAGUUGUUAAUCCAAAAUUACAAGAAAUGAUAGAAAUGACCAGAGGUUUUGGAGGCAGAGGAAGAAGAAAUGGCUGGAAACAAGGAAAUAUGAGAUUUAAGAACAGUUUCAGUAACACCAGUACUAACAAUAGAAUGAAGAGUGUUUCAUCUUCUCGGGACCAACCCAGGAACGGCCAUAUCAGAUUUGAUGAAAAUGAUUCUUGGGCUGAAGGAGGAACUUUGUGUUAAGUUUUUUAUGUAGAAGAAAUGGCUUUUAUGUUUGACUAGAACUUUUAAGUCAAAAGAUGUUGCAACUAUCUUAUAUUUCCAUUGUAUAAAUAAAAGUUUGUUAUUUUAUUUUAAAUUCCAUAUUGAAAAUUAUAUAUGCGUAAAUUCAAUAGAUGAAUAAAAUUUGUGAAAAAUGGAAUAUAAAUGAAGUAAUAAAGUCUACUUG